AUGGAGGAGAUACGAAGUGCAGCAGAGGCGUAUUAUGAAAAGUCCAACGAAGGAAAGCAACAGGCUGAGGAGUUGUACCAAUGGCUGGACACAAAACAAAAUGGUUUCAUAGGGUUCAAAGUUUAUGGGGAAAAGCUCUACAAUCUGAAGAAAAAGCUCAACAACAAGGGUGUUACUGAUCCCAUCUUUUUCAGUCUUCUGGACAAAAACGAUGAUGGGUUUCUAGACAAGCAAGACGUUAUCACCUUGUCAUAUCUUAUCAAUAAUGGGAAACUUUUGUUUUGCGAGAGCUGUGGAGCUUUUCUCAUCGGCCAAUAUUUUAGCUGCGUCAAAUGCUUCGCUUCUACAACCGACGGUUCAUUCUACAAGCUGUGCAGCCGUUGUUACCACCGUGAUAUGUUCGACCACCACGCAGACCACACCCAGUUUACUGCUGAUCUAUCGCUGCUCAUGAAAACCAGACACCACCGGGCUGCAACCAAUCCUUCUUUGUUAAAGGACCCUUUCAAAUUAAUAAGUAUAAGUUUGGCUACUUAUCAUCUUGUUAGUAUCACUGGAGCUACAAUGGGUACCGGCGCAGCUGUUGCGGGUACUGGAGUCGGAGUUGCUGCGGGUAGUGGCGUAGCUGCAUGGGACUUAGGUUCUGCUUCGGAUUCUACAUCUGUCGCUACAGAAGCAGCAGAUCCAAGUUCCUUUACAGAUAUCCUUUCCACAGUGUUUGAAAAUGUGUUGAAUUUUUUAUAA